CAAUAUAAUAUUACAUUGUAUGAAGACCUGACAUUUGUAAGUAGAACUGUAAGAACUCCUUAAAGUUAGACUUAACAUUGUUAUUCUCGUGUUUUUAAUCAAUGUGCUUUUGUAGACGUAACUUAUAAUUCUUCUAUACUACUACUUUGCUAACUAUAAUGUCUAACUAUACAUUGUAUUCAAAACCCUCAAUACAAAAACUAAAACAAAAAUCAAUCAAAAAAUUGAAUGUGAUUAAAAAACUUAUGUGUUCUCUAUGUACUAAUUAUAAUAACACCAGCUUCUAUAUCACAUUGAAAUAAAAGUGAUUUAAUUUUACUAAUGUCUAGUUUGUGAGAUGGGUUCUCUUGAUUAAUUAAGUGAUAUAUGUAUUUUAUACAGCUUCCAUCAUGUUGGUGAAAGUUCAAUAUCAAGGAGUGAAAAAAUAUGUAAAAUUGCUUACUGAUUUUACAUUCCAAUAUUUUAUCAGUGAAGUGAAAAGCAAAUUUGGAUUACCAACAACUGCAGAUCUUCAAGUUUUUGAUGACACGGACACUAAUGUAGAAGAGGACAUCUUCCACGAGUUAAUGGAAAGCAGUCCACAUGUAUGCUUAACUGUAAGAUGCUUGGAAGAAAAUAUGUCUGCUGGCCUGCCUGAGGUGAUUUCACCCACAAGAUCAUCAACAGCCAGCACAUGUACUGAUACAGUUUCAAUCUCUUCUACGGAUCAUGAUGAUCCAGAGCAACCAAUGCAGAAUCAAAUGACAAGGGCCAGCAGGUGCUUGAUGGUAGAUGCUGAAAGGGCAAAACGGAUUGUCCAAGAUGCUUUGGAAAAGCAAUCUGGUGGUGAUGAAGUGCUUGAUGAAUACAAGGCCACAAAAACUUUAAAGCACAGCACUAGACGGCAACUGGUUAAUAUUGUUGUCAGUCACAUGACAGAGAUUCAUGGGAGAAUUCCCACCCGCAAGCAACGGGAGACUUAUGCCUUGGGUAUUAUUUCUCUCUUUCCCAGCCUGAGAGACCCGUUUUCAGCAAAAGGCUAUGUAAGAAUUUGUCUUAGUAUACUUAACACAAACAUGUUCGUCUGUUUUAAUUAUUUAAAGGAACAUUUCUACGAUCCGGAAAAGGGAACAGGUUUCAUUGCCUGGCGCCUUAAAACUUUAUCAAGGAAGAACCCAAAACGUGUUCGCUUGGAGGUAUCUGAAGUUGGAGGACCAAGUCUCAAACGAAGGAUAGACACUGGGCAACAACUUGAAGGGGAUGCAUGCAGGGAGGCAAUUUCUUUUUUUGUCCACACAGCUGAUGAAAGUGAAGUUUUGCUAAAAAUGAAGGAAACCUUUAAGCAUAGACAAGAACUGGUGCAUGAUCCUAAAAAAUCAGCUGACAUCCUCAACAUCUUUCCAAGAUUUUUGGAUGUGAAAGGAUUGAUAAAUCAAGACUUUGGUUUGCUGUUCAAUGCUGAAACAUCCAACAAGUUGCUUGAGAGAUGGGAGACCUCAUUUAAGCACAAGAUCAUCAAUGAGGCCAAAUCUCUAACUUCAACUGCAGAAAUUCGUGGUCUUAUCAAUUCAACAGAGGGACAAGGAUCUGAAAAUGACUGGGAUAGUGAUAUGUCAGCUGUCCUACUCCUGUUGCAUCUCCUACCUCCUUCUUCAGGGAGAAAGAGGACUAAGAUUAGUCCAACAGAGGCCGUUGAAAGACUUGUGCAUUUCCAUAAGUCUUGCACCAGUAUUGAAGGCCAUCUAAGUAAGAGGGAAGGCCACCAGCCAUAUCUACUUGGAACAGGAAGGAUCAAGGGGAGGAUCGACAAUUUCUAUGUGGUUAUGGACAAACAUCUCAUUCCUUGUGCAGGAACCAGCUCCUUGAGUGCCGUUGAUGAACUCUUUAAAAUCCACUACGUGUUCAACUUGACGUAUGAGGAAGCACUUGUCAACAUCUUCACCUUUUUGCAGACUACAGUCUACAACAUUGAUGUUGGACUUACCAGCGAGUCACCCAGGGUAAAAGAACUGCGUGCAAAGAUUUUAAACUAAAUGUUAAAGUGUUUUUGUUGCCAAAGCUUGCAUGCAAGCAGCACCUCUUUAAUUUCUCAUUUAAGACUCUCACACAGUUUUUAUCCUUCACUGAAGUUUAAGUUGUUAUGUGCACAGGAAGGCUGUUGUCGACAGUUCUGUACAUACUCUGGUUUUCGAAAGCAUUUGAACA